UACCCUGGAUGGUGAUCUGUUUGCCAUUAAACACCAUUUCAUUUCUCCCAAAAAUGUGCUAGUGAGAAAUCUUGGGUCAACCGCUUAAAUGUAGUUACCUCCCUUCGUUCCACAAUAAGCCCUCCCUUGCAGUGGGCGUGGUUGAAAACUUCGAAGGUAAGUACAUCAAGUCUUUCUUGAGUGUUGAUGUUGUUUCACAAAUCGACAUGAUAAUCAAAACUAAUAGUGACAUUGGUUUCAAGAUGGCUGCCAGUCGACGGCGGGCGAAAUCUUUAGACACGGGAGCGCAUCGACAUAUAUCUCCUGCUUUAAUACCAGCAGUUGCUUUUGCCGCUGUGCCAAAAACUGGCGUAGAACCACCUGAUAACCCUUGGGGUAUGCAACGUGAUAUAAAUAUGACAUUGACUGGUACCGGAACUUUACCUCGUUUAUUUGCUUCUCGUAGACCCAUGUCAGAUGAUGAUCUAUUCAGUGAUCCAGAAAGCAGUCUGUAUGACUAUCAACAAAUGGAUGAGGCAGGCUAUUCAACAGUUGAGUUUGGAACUUGGCCACGACGAGGUGGUCCAAGACCAAGGCCAUCUAACCAAUCACCAAAGUCUCAAAGAUCUUUUAAUCAACAAGCUGCUUCUACAGCUCCUGGAUUUUAUCAUAUCAUAGAACCAAAUAACAAUGAUAUCUAUGCAGUACCUGACAAACCUAAAUUUAGGAAAUCGCAAAUUAUUAGUUCAGAAAAUGAUUUUCAAGAUAAUAAUACAUCACUAAAGACUACAUUAGGUGUAAUGGAUGCCAUGGAAGCCGUACAGAAUUUACCCCAAGAAGAAACAGUCAUACAAGAAUCAUCUAGAAAAAACAGAGGUUCUGGAAGAAAAUCAAAAGGAAAGAAAGCUGACCUUGGUUAUGCUGAAAUUGGAGACUUACUAGCUGAUGAUUUGAUCAGGUCAGAUCAGAUAAAUAAAAACAGAGGAAAGCAAAUGAUAGAAGUUGUUGAACCAGAGAUGGCAUCCCAAGUUAAUGCUUCAAAUGUUCAUCAUCAUCCAAAGAUACAAAAUAGAAAUAAUAACACAAAUUUUCCAUUUGCAAACCAAGAAGCCCCUAUGCCAAGCGAUGCCAAUACUUUGAGAGCUAGAUCAGGCCAUCGUUCAGACAGAAGCACUACGCAUCAUUCAAGACAUGAUAAAGAAACUGUAUUGAUAAAAGAUAAGACAUUGCAUAUUAGUAUGGAGAAUGAAAGACUACAACAAGAAAAUAUUGAGAUGCAGAAAGAGUUGGGUACUUUACGUGAUGUAGCUACAGCCAUUAGUGAAGGAGAUCUCGAAAGAGCAGCUUCACUAGGAUUUCAACAAAAAGUAGAUGAAUUAAAGGAAGAAAAUGAACAUCUGAAAUCAUCAGUACAUCGUGUUAAUCAGGAACUAAGUCAAUAUCAAGCACAUUAUAGACCAUUAACAGAAAAACAGAAAAUGAAGUUACAAGGGUUGCCAUCAAAUGGACCGGUACCAUCUUGGUUGAUCAGUAAGAAGUAUUUAGCACCAUUAUUUUUAGCAUAUGAUGAUGAGUUAAAUGCCAAAGAUGAACAUAUUCAUAAAUAUCAGAUGGAGUUAGAUAUUUUAAAACAAAGAGCAGUUGAAAUAGCCAAAGAAAAUAAAAACUUAAGAAUUCAAGGUGGUUAUGGUAAUGAAAUAGGUCCAAUUGAUUCCACGGAAUGGCAGCAACUUCAAGAACAAGCACGUCUUGUUUUAGAAGAAAACCAGAUUUUAAUGGAACAAAUAGAAGUUUUACAAAGUAAAUCUAAAGAUAUGUAUAAUGCUCAUUUAAAUGAAGUCACUAGGCUGACCAAAAAGUUGACUUCAACAGAAGCCGAUAAAAUUGAGUCAGAAAGAAAUAUGGAGGAGUUGAAAAUAAAGCUACGCGAAGCCAAACAUAAAAAUGAUAUUUUAAUGAUGUCAGCAGAAACACAAGUCUCUGUACAAGACCAUGUGACUACUAUAGCAAAUCUCAAACGUUCGAUAAAUGAAGAUAAAGAAAUCCAUGAAAGAGAAUCAGAAUCAUUGACAAACAAAUUAAAGGCAUCAGAAGCAGAACAGAAAUGUUUAGCUCGACAGGUAGCAGAUGUAACAGCUGAAAAUCGUCAACUUCAUGCACAGGUUAAGAUGUUGGAAAGAACAUAUAGCAAAGCCCAACAAAAAUUAGCAGUUUUCCAUAAAGCAGUUGAACAAUCUGAAAAUAAAGAAAUGAUAACACAAGAACAAUUAGCCAAUUUAAUUAAAGUUGCAGAAUUAACAGCUUUAGAAAGAGAUACUUAUGCCAAAGCUGCUAAAGAACAAGAAAAAGAAAGUAAACAAACAUUAAAUAAAAUGUUAGAAAGAUCUGUUACUGUAGGUAAAUUAGAAGAAAGAUUAAAGCUAUACAAAAUGAAAGCUGCUUCAAAACUAUCAACAGUUGCUGAAAGGUUGAAAGAACAAGAUGAAUCAUUUCAAAGACAGCGUCAGGAAUAUGAACGAGAAAUUAAAUAUCUACGCCUUGUUAUUAGCGAAAAAGAACAAUUGUUGGGUUCAGUGAUUAAUGAAAAAAAAUCUGUAGAAGAUGAUUUAGAAAAUAUGUGGCAAGCAGCAAAUUCAGAAAAUAUGCGUUUAAAAGACACAAUUAGAAAAACACGCAAACCGGGACAAAUUGAUGAUAUUGAAGAUGAUGAAUUGUUAACACUCCCAGCUGAUAAAGAUAAUCGUCUUGAUGAAUAAAUCGGGUUAUCUUUCUUAGGCUCCUAUCAGUCUCCGAACCAUAGAGUAUUCUAUUUUUCCGUCCAUUGAAUCAUAGAGAAUUCCAUUAGUCAAUUGCAUAUUUACAUUAUUUAAAUUAUUUAUGAAUCCAUAAUAUUAUCAAUUACAAUAUGAAUUAGAUAUUAGAUAGAGUAAUUCUUUCCAUUAUAAUACCUCAUUCAUUUAUUUAAAGGUAUUGUCCUCCCACUGCUAAAGACCCCAAUGCGCAAGCGAAUUAUUGAAAUAAAAUUAAACCAUAUGUUAGUCCCGAAAUGACCUAGUUUGUGUCGAGUGGACGUUAAACCCCAUUUCUCUUUCUCUCUUAAAGGUAUUGUAUACACAUUUAAAAGAUUAAUAGUGUAGAAAAUUUGAUAUCUUUAAUUUGGUUACAAGGAAUACACUAUAGUUAUAACAUAUUUCCAAAGAAAUUAUAGACGUGGAAUUGGUACAUAUAAAUCUUAUCGCUGUGUAAUAAGAUAUUUGCAGUAGUAAGUGGAAUUGUAAAAUAAUUUAGGUACCAGUACAUUAAAGUUUAUCAUUUUAUAAGUCCAUAUGGAAAUGUGGUCAUAUAUGUAAUCAUCCUCGGUAUCUCCAGUGGUCUCAUUCCAUUCUACUUCACUAUACCCUGGGUUUUAUCCAUAUAGUAUUCACAUAUUCAGAUUAUCUGCCCUUGAUCAUAGCCAUAUUGUUUACGUUCACAACAAUGUGGCUGCUUGUUCGCUCGAUUAUGGCAAAGUUUGCUAUUAAUUUAAUAUAAAAGUGACAUAUAGAUGGGAAAGAUGUUUUUUUGCCGGUCAAGCAUAUCUUGUUAUUUGUCGAUAAAAGUAGCACAAUCAUCAAGAGCAGAUAAUUUGAAUGGGACCACAUGGAAUUCCGAGGAUGAUAUGUGAUGUGACUAUUUGUAGAUACUAUUAUUUUAUCAGUUUAACUGGCUAAUUAACAUGCAAUGUGCGUGUGUUUUUAAGGAGGAUAUGAUGUUUGUUAAUGAUUUUUAAGUCUGUAUCCAGAAACCAGUCACAAAGCUGAUUUACACUUUUAGACGUGUAUGUUCUUAUUAUUAGCCCUGGUAUUGCUUAGGGCUUUAAUGUUUUUAUAAACCCCAAUUUGUUACAUUUUAUUAAUGUGGACAUAUAUUAUUGUCAUCUGUGUCGAUCAAUCUAUCCAACUUUUAUCGUGAAUGUGCGAUAUUCAACAGUUUUUGUCAGAUUUUUAUACGCCUAUAUUUUCAUGUGGACGUAUAUUGUCGUCGCCCCUGUCCGUCCGUCUGUCUAUCUGUUCGUCCACAAUUUGUGGACACUCUCUACAGGUCACAAUUUUUGUUUGAUUUUGACGAAACUUAAAAUAUAGGCCUAUCUCCCAAAGAUCUCAGUUCCUUUCGAUAUUGGCAUAUAUCAGACCAUAACUUCAUGGAAUAUAUAUCACUGUUACACCAUAAUGAUGGUUGAAUUCGAAUUUCGUGGUAAACCGACCAAAACUGCUGGACAAAAUGGCAAUCCCUCGUACGCAUAUAUCACAAAGAACUUGGUUCCAUUCGAUAAUCUCGUAUAUCCGAACAGAACAUCCUGGAUUUUGGACCCGGCUGUAUUCAUUUUUAAAUAAACAUUUUAAAUAUAUCACCGUUACACAUCAAUGAGGAUUGAGUUGAAAUGUCUUAAAGAUCUGACCCAAACUGCCGGACAAAAUGGCUGCUCGGACAAUCAUGAUUUGAGCUUCUGGACCCUCUAGAAGUCACAAUUUUUAUCAGAUUUUAUAUCCCAAAUAUCUCAGUUCAUUUCGAUACUCACACAUUUUAGAUCAUAACUACCUGGAUUAUGGCCCCUGAUUGUACGGAAAUUCGCUUUUAUUUUUAGCUUGUUCUCUAUCCAUCUCUUGCAAAAUGUGGGCAUAUCCUGUCUGGUUUAAAAUUUGAAGGGAUUGAUGAUAAGAAAGAACCCUAUUGAAAUUAAAAGUUCUCGAUGGUAUUGUUCAUGAAGGUAUAGCCUACAAUUUUGACAUUUAACACAUAUGGAUGUAACACAAGACAAUGUUCUCAAUGGAAUGUUUUAAAAAAAAUUGUGGUAUUGUUCAUUGUGGCAAAAGAAUGAAACCUAUUGAAUUUCAACAAUUUUUCAUAGUAAUUUUCAAAUAGCUUGGAUGAGUUAGUUUCUUGUUCACAUUUUGAUGUUAAAGCUUGUGAACACAACAUAGAAUAAAGUUUGCAAUGGUUUUGUCAAAGCUAAGUGUUAUUAAUACGGGAAUGAACAGGAGGCCUUCUGAAAUUCAGAAUAAUUUGACUGUAUAUUUCGUAGUUAAUUCUGCCUGUCCACUUUCAAAUUUUUGGAUCGUAAUUUUAUAACAUGUUAACAGAAUUAAUUUUCCAUUCACGUUUUCACUUUGAAAGGUUAGAAAAGUACAGGCUCUUCUAGGAGUCUAUAAUAGUAUUUUUAAAAUUUUCUCUGUGGGAUUUAUUGACAAUAAUUUUUUGAUUUGGCAUGGCAACUUUGCUCGUGGGCUUUAUUUUGUUAAUAGAAGUACAGUUAAUGUCAGAUUAUCUAACCAUAAGCCAAAUGUUGUUUUUUUUUUAAAUAUUGAAGAUGUACUGAAGGGAAAAAAAGUCAUUUGUAAAAUAUCAGCAAUUAGUAUCCAUUUCACAUUAUGUAUUAUCUUGUAUUAUCUUUAUGCCUAUUGGUUAACAUUAUACCUUUUAAAAAAACAAAACAUACUCCGUAGCUUGAUAUAAGCAUGUCCUAACUGUGAUAAAUAAAUUUAUUUUAUUAUGA